GGAGGGGUCCAGGAUUAACUUGGCUCUGUCUGCCCUCAUACCAAAUGCUGCUACUAGAGGAUAUACUGUGGCCAGACUUAUUAGCCUGCUAGCAUCCAGGCUAAAGGCAGACUGCAGACAGAGCAGGAGGAGGGGGUUGUUCUGUUUAUUCCCUGGUGAGAAGCAGGAAGAGAGAACAUCGAGCUCAGGAGUGGCAGAGCACAGACGAUCUUGUUGCCAUAGGAAGGAAGGGGGGAAAACGGAGAAUAAAGGAGGCUGAGAAAGAGGGAAGAUCCCUGGGUCAGGUCAGUAGACUCGGCCCAAGGGAAGAAACAGUCAGGGCUACAUCAGGCAUGCCAAUUGGAGCAAGGCAUCCAGAGGCUGAGACUGGGUUUGUCCCAAGUGUCCAAGACUUUGACAAGAAGCUGGCAGAAGCAGAUGCCUACUUACAGAUUCUGAUCGACCAGUUAAAGCUCUUUGAUGAGAAGAUCAAGGACUGUAAAGAGGAUGAGUCACGCAGAAAAAUUGAAACUUUGAAAGACACCACUUGUAGUAUGGUAGAAUCCAUCAAGCACUGUAUCGUAUUACUGCAAAUUGCCAAGGACCAAAGUAACGAACAACAACACGCAAACGGACUUAUAAGCACCAUUAACCCAGUGGAUGGGAUCUACCAGCCUCUGGAUACAACUGUAGUCAACAGCACCAUGCCAACAAACACCGCACUGCCCACAGACGGUUCUCAGGUGUGUAAGUCAGACCAGCGGCCCUCCACACUACCAGUGGGUCCUGUUGUUACAGUGAUGGGCAGCCUGCAGACCCCAACACCAAACAGCACAGGGAGUGGUCCAUCAGGGCCCAGUAGUGGCGUAGCCUCCCCUGCCCACAUCCCCAUCCCCUCCCACGCAGUGCCAGACUUCUCCUACUCCUCCAGCGAGGACGAGUUCUAUGAUGCCGACGAGUUCUACCAGACCAGCAUAUCCCCCAAACAUUGCAUAGAUCCCUCAGGGCCCCCAGUAGGCUCGCCUCUCGGUGAUGAUGAAACGCCUUUAAAACGACUGGACACCAAUGAAUCCCUUAACUCUUCCAUGUCCAACGGCACCACUGACGCAGACCUGUUUGACAGCCAUGACGACAGGGAUGAUGAAGGGGAAGGGGAGUCAGUGGAGGAGCACAAGAGUGUUAUCAUGCACCUGCUGUCCCAGGUCCGGUUGGGCAUGGACCUCACCAAGGUGGUCCUUCCUACCUUCAUCCUAGAGAGAAGGUCCUUAUUAGAAAUGUAUGCAGACUUCUUUGCACAUCCGGACUUAUUUGUCAGCAUUGCAGAGCAGCCUGAGCCGCGAGAGCGAAUGGUUCAGGUGGUGAAGUGGUACUUGUCAGCCUUCCAUGCAGGUAGGAAGGGCUCAGUAGCCAAGAAACCCUACAACCCCAUCCUGGGUGAAGUCUUCUUCUGCCACUGGGACCUGCCAAACCAGACAGAGGAGGCCCCCCAGCCUACGGAAACUGUAUCAGAUAGUCCAGUCCCGUGGUCCUCACCCAACAGUGUGUGUUUUGUAGCUGAGCAGGUCUCUCAUCACCCACCCAUUUCAGCAUUUUACGCUGAGUGUUUAAGUAAGAAGAUCCAGUUCAACGCUCACAUCUGGACCAAGUCCAAGUUCUUGGGGAUGUCCAUAGGUGUCCAUAAUAUUGGCCAAGGUUGUGUAUCAUGUCUGGAACAUGAUGAACAUUACAUCCUCACCUUCCCUAAUGGCUAUGGCAGGUCGAUCCUGACUGUGCCAUGGGUGGAGCUGGGAGGGGAGUGCAGCAUCUCCUGCUCCAAGUCAGGCUACAGUGCCAACAUCGUGUUUCACACCAAGCCCUUCUAUGGAGGCAAGAAACACAGGGUCACUGCUGACAUUUUUGCACCUAAUGAUAAGAAGCCUUUCUGCUCAAUUGAAGGAGAAUGGAACGGAGUGAUGUAUGCCAAGUGGGCAUCUGGGGAAAACUCCAUGUUCAUAGACACUAAGAAGAUGGGUAUUAUUAGGAAGAAGGUCAGAAAGCUGGAAGACCAGUUGGAGUAUGAGUCUCGCAGCCUGUGGAAAGAUGUGACACUCAACCUGAAGAUAAAGGACAUUGAUGCAGCAACAGAAGCAAAGCACCGCCUGGAGGAGAAACAGAGAGCCGAGGCCCGGGAAAGAAAGGAGACUGAGCUACAAUGGGAGACCAGGUUGUUCCAUGAGGAUGGGGAGUGCUGGGUGUACGAUGAGCCUCUAUUAAAGAGAAUAGCCUCCCAGAGACAUUAAGAUGACCCUGAAUUCUGAGAGAACACACAUACACACACGCACACAGACUCACACACACACACACACAAAUACAUGUACAACGCAGAGUCUUCAUAAGAACUCUUUUGCAAACCACUUCUUGUUAAAGCCUUGAAAUGACUGACUGAUGAUUGAAUAUGUACACAGCUUUGCAUUGGAGGACAAAACAAUAUAGAGGUGAAUGAAAAACAUCGAAGAUGUAAAAUGAAAAUUAGUCAAGAGCCUCCCCUUGUUUGGCUGAACCUGCCUCCACCACCGAUACCGCUCCACCCGCACCCUUCCAUAAGACAGCACGCCGCUGUGUGGAGACAGGAGUAUCUAUUUGUCUCCCCUUUUUCUCUACUCUUCGUCCAUCGACUUCACAGCAAAGCCCCUCAGCAGUUCAACUGGAAGAGCCCAGGUACUGGUCUGGAUAAUCACUGCUUUCCCUACGGAUGUAUGUGUUUGUUUGUUUUUUGUUUUUGUUUUUUUUAUGCAAGCGGGUUGAUGGUAUUCAGAUCAAAUAAAUCUUGACAAACAAAACAGCGUUCUACAUCUCAGGGAAUUUGGUGACUGAGAAGAGAGAGCUGCUGUCUCACAGCCUUACAUGUAUUAUGGUGGAACAGAAUGAUCCAAACAGGGCAGGGGGGAAACUUCUCGGCUUGCCUAAACUAGUUAAAGCUGUUAUAUAUAAUAUUAUGAUGGAUAUAUAAAUCUAUAUUCUUUUUUUAUUUGCUCUUUUUGUUUCAUUUUAUUUUUCACUCUGGCAAUAGUUAAGAAAUCUUGAUGUCAGAACUUGAUUGCUUCACAUCUUGAAGAAUCAUUCGAUUUACCCUUUCAGACAUUCUGUUUCCAGACAUUUCAAGUUCAGUAACAUUGCAUCUACCAUCUGUCAAAUGCUGUGCUAUCCUUUUUGUGUGUCAGGUGCUGUCUAAGAAGGAAGCCCUACAUCAUAGUAUCUCAACACAUUUAGACUGGAAAAGUUGUGAAGUUAAUUAAUUUUGAGCAAUAUUGGUAUGUUUUUGAUUGCCUGUCAAAUGGCAAAUUUGGACUUCCUGCUUUUAACUGAGAGCCCCACAUUGUAAAGAAAAGAAGGCUAAAGAGACGUUCAUCUGGACAGGGCACAAGGUUUCCUCUAGGGGAUGACAAAUUAUAGCAUAGAAAUGUCUUUCUCCUGAAAACAUCCAUGAACAAUUGAUUGUUUACUUGUUUCUUGUGUUUCAUGGUCAUUGGAUGACAAGAACGUAAGACUACAGAAGGAGUCUUAAGUCUCCGUUUCGUUCUGAGCAUCUUGUUCUCAUCUCCUCCCCAAAGGCCAUGCAGCCCUAGGGGAUUGCCUAAGGUAAUGUUCACACUUGUGUUUUGAAAGGGAGUGUGGAGAAGACAUGCUGAACAAAGGUUAGACUCUUAAUACACAGCUGCUGUUUUCCAAGAGUGCUGUUAGAGUCCAAAUUGUGUUUUUACAGUUACAGUUUGCUGCCAUGAUGGUCUUUGUCCAAUAAUGUUUUUCAGUGGAAGAAACACUUUGAGGUCUUAACAUAGCAUACUUUGCACCCUUGCUUGUUAAAACCAUCAUUCAUUCUCAUUCACGGCUACAUAGUUAAAUCCAGUCAUUGAAAAUGGGGACUGACUGAGGAAAAAAGGUGUCAUCUUUUUCAAGCUAUGAAAGCCCAAGAAUGAUAUUUAUAGCAUAGUGCUGAGCCAUCAUUGGAGUGCCCUAUUAUUGUUUUUGGUUUUUUUUUUUUAAAAUCAAUAAUUGCCUUUAGUAGUUAUUAUGCCAGUAGGAAAACCAAAUUGACUUGUUUAAAAUUGAUAUGAGAAGAACUCUCAGGCUCUUCUGAUGUGGUUUGACUUGGUGAAGUGAAUUUUGAAGGUUUAAGCCUAGUACUGGUGAUGCAUGCACUCAAAUUAUAACUAACGGUGAAACUUAACUGCUCACUGUACUGAAAGAAACAUGUCAACCUUUCAAGUGAAGAACUGUCUUCUGGAGAAAGCCAAUCGAAAUUAGCAAAAGUUACAUAAAUUUAAAGCCAUUACUUUUUCUCCAUGUUGUGUUUGUAAAUUCUAUUGAAUUGAGGCCUUGCCAUACAUUUCAGUAUCACACACUAUCACUUAAUGGAGUGCAAUCAAAACAAAUGCAUUUUUUAUUUCAUUCUAAUCAUAACCAUUGAUUGUAUCAGAUUUUCCUGUUUAUUGAUGCAUAAUAUUAAAUCUCUGAGUUCAC